UUAUCUAUAUGAUGAUUAGGUUGGCUGAAUUUCUUCUGGUCUUCGUAUACUUUUUUUUUUUUCCCCAAAGUCUUUGUAUACUUCAAAAAAAGAAAAAAGAAAUUGCCUAACUCUGUAUAGUCUCAAACUUGACGUUCCAAAUAAUACACCUUUCUCUCUGUCUCUUAUUGAUGGUGGUAGCAUAACUGUUCGGUGGGACUCUGCAACUCUUGAUGGCUGGCUGCUUUGGGUUUUGUUCUGGAAAGAGGGCUGACACCAGAGAUGGUGGAUCUACGUUUGCAGAACCAAAUCGAAAUCCAGAUCCUACUCAUCAUCACACUACUCCUCCUUUGAAUUUCUCAGAUGUUGGAUCUACUUUACCAGAACCAAAUCCACCUGAGUUAAGGAAAUAUGAGUAUGAGGACCUAUCUGAGGCAACCGAAAAUUUCAGAAACAAGAAAAUGCUUGGCUCGGGUGGAUUUGGUGAUGUCUUCGAGGGAUUUUUAGAUGGUGAAGCCGUUGCUAUCAAGAAGUUUAAGUAUGCAAGUGACGAAAAGCCACCAGAUAAAAUAGAGGAGAUGGAUUAUCUUAUAAGAGUGAGUCACCCAAAUGUUGUUAAGCUGAUUGGCUACUGCGAUGAUGGCCUCGAUAAAUUGCUUGUCUUAGAGCUUGUUCCCAAUAAGACAUUGAGACAUCAUUUAAAUAAUGGAAAAGAGAACGUUUUGAAUUGGCCAAGAAGAAGGAAUAUCGCCAUAAAAGCCGCACGUGGAUUACAAUAUCUCCACGAAUGGAAUAUUAUACACCGAGAUAUUAAGACAAAUAAUAUUCUUCUUGAUAAUGAUUUUGAACCAAAGGUUACAGAUUUUUCAAUUUCCAAGUUUUUGCCAAAUAUUGAUGGCAUUAGUCAUAUCACCAGUAAAUUGAAGGGAACUAACGUUUAUGUAGAUCCAGAGUUUGGAGAAAUUCAAAAAGUCUCCAAAAAAUCAGAUGUAUAUUCCUUUGGUGUUGUACUUCUAGAGUUAAUUUCUGGAAAAAAGCCAUUAUUCGAUGAAAGUGAUAAUAUCGUUAGUUGGGCAGAAUCUCGGAUUAAAGAAGCUUUGAACAAUAAAAACUAUACAGAUUUUGUUGAUUCCGAAUUGAAAGAGGACUACAAUGAAAGGCAAAUGCGAGCAAUGAUUUUUUGUGCUAGAGCUUGCAUAUAUGAGCCUUCACACUCUCGACCAAACAUGGAAGAGAUAAUUAAAAUUCUUGAAGAAAUUGACUAUGAGAAGAGGACACCUUUUCCCGUUGGCGCUCCUAUUGAUCUCCAAUCUACCCUUGACAUUGAGAGCAUACAUAUUACUCCGCGCACACAUAUUACUCCGCCAAUAAUGUUUGAAUUUAGACAACUAGCAGAGGCAACUGAAAGUUUCGAUCACAAAAACUUGAUUGGCAUGGGAAAAUUUUAUAAAGGAUCCCUUAUAAAUGAUGAGAGGAUCUAUGCAAUUAAAAAGCUUGAAUAUCUAGGUGAAUCGAGCAGAGAUGAUGAUGAAUUUAUGGAAAAGAUUAGAGCCAUUAGCGGCAUCUGUCAUCGACAUAUUGUGAAGCUGAUUGGAUGCUGCAUUGAAGAAACCAAUAGAUUGCUUGUUUAUGAGUAUUUAGCCAAGAACUCAUUGUCUCCAUUUCAUGGAAAUUACAUUGCAACUUCCGAAUGGUCAACCAGAAUGAAAGUUGCCGAGGGUUUAGCAAAAGGAUUAGCAUAUUUACAUGAAUGGUGUCAACCUAAGAUCAUACAUGGAAAUGUUAAGAUGAGUAGCAUUCUCCUUGAUGACAGCCUUGAACCAAAGAUUUCAGAUUUUGGAUUUGCCAAAGAGAAUUUGCACUUUUCAAAAUCUAAGAGUUCCACAGUUGAUCAUCAGAAUGGGGGUUAUUUGGCUCCAGAGUAUAAAAAAUCUAGGCAGCUUACUGAUAAGGGUGAUAUCUUUUCCUUUGGUAUUAUACUUUUGGAAUUAAUUACUGGGAAACGAGCUGUUGAAGAAAAUGAAGACGGUGUUGGCACUACGUUGUCUGUUUGGGUAGCUCCUCGACUUAGAAAAGCUUUGCAGGAAAACAAUUAUAAUGAUAUUAUUGAUACCGGUUUGAAAUCCUACGACGAAGGACAAAUGAAGAAAAUGAUUUAUUGUGCUGCAUCUUGUGUAUAUAGACUCGCUCAUUAUCGUCCACGAAUGAGUCAGAUUGUUAAAGUCCUACAAGGGGAUCAGAAUUUCCCAGAACAAAGUAUAUGGUUAAACAAUGAUAGGGAUUACCUUUGCGAGGGGGCACCGUAUAUACGGCCGUACAUCAAAUGAUUUUUGCUAUGAUUAUCCGUAGAGGAAAAACAAUUUAGCUUUCUUAUUUGGGUAUUGACUUUCGAUUUGUAGAAUAAUUUUUCUUAAUUUAUUCGAAUGUAUGAAGCUUUAUAAUUUCUUUUUAUUUCAUUGAUUUUAAUUAUUAUA